AUGCCAAGCGAAGAUAAUACUUCUCCGCCUCCAUACGAAGCAUCUCCACCAAAUUUGCCGCACAGUCCAAGCGCUGCAGCGUCUACAACAACAGGCGUAAAUUCACAGGGGCCAACUCAACCAAUCGUAUAUUUUCUGACACCAGCAGCAGGUCAAUUUAUUCCAAGUGGAAAUCCAAAUGUAUAUGCGAGUACGAAUACGAGCGGAAAUAACGCUCCGAGACACGGUAGCGUUCAAUAUGUUCAGAUACCCAACAGCAAUCAACCCAGAAUACCCAACGCAGUUUACGUCCGACCAGACGGCACGCUUUAUCCGCCUACAAAUGUAAAUACAACGUCUCCGCCGACUGUGAUUGUGAAUGUAGCGUACUUGCACCGGACGCUAUAA